UGGCCGGCCGCUGCGACCGUCAAACCGCCUAUUUCUACGGAACCUGCAGAGUACGGACGUGCUUAGCCAAUGAGACAUUUCUCCAGGGCGCCUCUUACUGUGACGUCUACCAGGCGUAUUUACGCACCCCUUAUGUGCGCUGUGCCGCCACCCUGCCCUGCUGCGCCUGGGGCGGACAGUGCAGACAAGACUGUUUGGCAACAGAAAGUCGGGAACCGGCACCUACCAACUGUACCACAGGCCAAGCGGGUGUCUGCUGUGUCCCGAACAACGCACUCAACGUGCCCAGGACAAACAACCUGGGUCAGCAGAUUCCAGCCUUACCAAGACAAAGCCAAUGCGGCAACAUGACAUCGGUGCGUGCGCGCAUUGUGCCAGGAAGUGUGACCCAGCCAACAAUUUGGCCCUGGGUGGUUAGGCUGCUGGGAACCCAGGCUAGCGUGCCGGGAGUUUGUACAGGUGUACUGGUGGAUGACGACACGGUGGUCACCGUGGCUCACUGUGUGGCCAGAACACAACCCAACCAGCUACAAGUCAGACUGGGCGAUUUUGAUUCCACACAAGCAGAGCCGGAUGAGGGGGUCGUUGCUGUCCGAAACAUCCAGAUCAACCAGAAUUUCCAAGCUGGCAGACGAGGCAACGACUUGGCCGUGCUGAGGCUGGUCCGGCCCGUCAUCUUCACUCAGCGAGUCCAGCCCGUGUGUCUGCCGGACCCGGCUGUGCCGCUCCGGCGACCGGCUCAGUGUUUUGUGUCUGGCUGGGGAGUCACCGCAACAGGUCAAGCCAGCACCCAGCUGCGAUCCGCCCCUGUGAGGUUCAUGGACUGGAACCUGUGUAACGUGAUGGUCACCGCUGCUACGCCCAACUCCGGCUCUCUUGGGACUGACAUGUUCUGUACCCAAGGUUUCCCCAGAAACAACGAUGGAUGCAUAUUCGAUGACGGCGGUAUGCUGGCGUGCCUCGACAUCAACAACAGGUACGCUCUGAUUGGCCUGGUCGCUGAGUACUCGUGCGGCAGCCUCCCCACUGUCUUCACAAGGAUGGACAACCACACCGACGCUGUCCUCUCCAGGACCUGA